GAAUUUGUAAUCAUGGUAAACGCCUUCUAUUUUUUCGCUUUACAAAUGUGAAAUGCUGUUAUAUUUUCUAUUUCAUCAAUGAAAAGGUGAAAACUUGCUUUAUAUAAUACAAAUUAAUAUUAUUUUCAGAUUUUUUCAAUCGUUCUUUGAUUUCAACGUGGCAAAGAGGAUAUUUAGUGAGGUUAUACACAUAUAAUAAUUCAACUCAGGAAAUUUAGGGUUUGAAUUAAUUUGUUGAUACUCAUGCAUUUACCUUGAGAAACGGUAUCUUCUGACCUUACUUUAACUUAAGAGAUUUGUUAUAUCAUGGCAGGAGGUGAUCAACACAACUGUAAACCUGCAGAUGAGUCAAACAACAGUCAGAAUAAAACAGGAAUUGUUUUAAAGAUGCAUCUGAAAAUCGUCAGUAUAAUCCUGGGUCUUUUGGGAGGUGCCUGGGUGACAACUGGCAUUGCAAUCCUCUGCAUAACUUUAGCUCCCAGCAGUGUCUACACCAUUUUAAACACAAUUAAUUUAUCUUCCUGUGGACUUGGUUGCAGCAACAUAAUCCUGGCCGCAUUUAUAAUUGUCAUCGGGAUUUUUAAAAUAAUCUACGCUAUUCCAUGUUUUAAUCUUGCAGAAGAUUUUGAAAAGAUAGAUUAUAAGCCGAUCAAAACGACCAUGACACUAAUUAUAGGUAUUGUUUCAUUGCUGUUAGCGGCAACCGUAUCAGUAUCACUGUGGUGUGCGAUAGAAGUAGGACCAAAGAUACAAGACAGCGAUGCUAAAGAUGAUAUGGUCAAAAAUUUACAUAAAGUAUUUACAGAGGACUCGCACAACAGUGCGAAUAUGAUGUCAAAUUCAUGGAACAAGCUAUUUAUAGAGUUGGACUGUUGUGCUGUGAAUCCUGUGGAAAGUACGACUAAUGAUUUUGAUUUCACACCUUGGUGUACAACAAGUGGGGAAUGUCAACAAACCAAUUCACAAAUUCCGAAGACUUGCUGUAUUGGUGUCACAGAAAGCACGUACUCUUCAGCUCCUUCAACUUGCCAUGCAAAUGUAGACAGUGGAACAUAUAAAGCUAAUGGAUGCUACGAAGUUUUGAAGAACAAAAUAUACCCUUGUUAUAUGGCUGUGAUCAUUGUUGGCUUUCAAUCACUUAUCAUAGAGGUGCUGAUGCUUCUUCAUGCUGUAGCAGUUUGCCGCACAUAUUUCGGAAUUUGUGACUGUCCACAGUCAGACCGAUUUUGUUGUUGUUUACAACAUAAAAAAGUAAAUAAUAACUAACUUCAAUAUUAUUAAUUUCUGAUAUUGUUGUAGAUAAUGAAUCAAGAAUUUGUACAUUUUUGUCACUUUAAGUUAAACAUGUGUAUCUUACUGUUUCUUUUGAAAUAUUUUUUUUGUUUCAUUUAUAACCAGAAUGGCAUCAAACUAAGAAAAAUGCAAGUUAGACAAGAUGCAAAAUUGUAUUAUACAAGAUUUAAAAAAAUAUAUUUGAAUGUUUUAUGACAAAGAACAUAUAUAAGUAAAUUUUCAUCCACAUUUUUUUAACGUGAGUUAUAAUAACAUUAUCGACAUGGUUAGUAUUUUGUAUAUUGACUAAGCAGUUUAAGAAGUUUCUAUCUCAAAAGUUAAACGUUUCUCAAGAUAUGUUUUAAUAUAAGAAUAAGCUGAAUGCAACAAAUACAAAUAACGAAAAUGUAUCCAGGGAGCACAUUUAUGCGUUAACUUAUCAAUCAAUUGCAAUUCGUACUCAUGAAUAUGAAAUCCAUUUCAUGGAAAUGGAAAACUGCCUAAUCCGGACACCAAUGUCAAGAUCUAGUAAAUGAUAGGUGCCUACAGAUAUAUCAAAUUCAAGAAAUAAAUUCCUUAAGUGAUGCUUUAUAACUUUAGCUUGGUCAAAUGUGGUGUUUGGGGGUAUAAUUUGUAGGUAAACAAGAUGAAAAUCAUAUUUUGAACAGUCAUAUUUGAUAAAAAAUUAAGAAACCAGUAAUGAAAAUGGGAGUUAUUUCCCUAUCAGACAAAGAAAAUAUAUACAGAUUGCCUACAGUUCCUCGGAAAACGGUAAUGUGUAUGUUCUUUGCCUCUUCUUUGAAUUAAUAUAAGUAUCGGGCUUACUUUUCAUGUGACUUCAAAUUGAAUUCCAUGAAAAAACUGUAUUUUCUACAUAAUUCUAUCAGAGCCGUAAAGUAAGGAAAAAGAUGAAAUUGAAUUUGAAGUCAUAAUGGAUCUAGCAUCAAAAAUAGUCUAAAUUCGUUCACUAGAUCUUGACCUUAACUGGAAAAGUAUAAUUUCAGAAUUUCAAAUUCCGACUCAAACAAAUUUUACCGAUUUUAAUCUAAGGAGUCAGUUAUAAAAAAGAUAUGACGCAUGUAUAUUAUACUUUCAUAUUGGUAAUUUACUAUCUUUACUAUGAAUUGCUGUUUAAAAUAAAGAUAUGAGUAAUUAUGUCAAGCUUUGUUUUAAAAAUGUUCAAUCUUU